AUGAAGCCCCCGCCGCGUGUCUUAGUGGAUGUGUGUCGCUCCCAGUGCAGUUGGCGGUAACUGCCAGUGGUGAUCAGUGUGCCACACUCAUUCCCGCCAGUCGCGGAGAUCUGUCGUGGAGAAGAGUCUAAGGUCAGCGCUCAAACUUCCCCUCGCUCUUCUCUUCUUACUCUCUGCUGUCACACCAGAGCGUCUUCAGAUACCUGAUACAAACGUCAAAGGAGCAGUAUCGAUACCCAAAAUGCGAUCCGCCGUACUGUCCUUCGCCACCCUCGCCGCCGCCGCCCAGCUCGUUGCGGCCGAGAUUUCGACCCCCUUUUCACCCCCGAGCACGUCUCCGACGUCGCAGACCACGAACUACACGGGCGCCUCGAACGGCACCUUGACAAACGGUCCCAUUGUCGCGGGAAAGUCUUUUGAUCGGUAAGUAUCCUCGUCGUACGGUGAACAUUCCCAUGUUUGCGCAUGCGCUGAUAAAGUCUGUGCUUGCCUGUCAACAGCUUCAUCCAGAUCUGGCUCGAAAACACCGACUUCGCCACCGGUGAGUUUUAUCCGCCACACCCUUGUAAUAGUCGGAUAUGAUUCGGGAAAUGUGAAUGCACAGCCAUCAUCCCAAGCGGUGCCUGCACACACUGUACAGGGUUGAGAGCUGCCGUGCUGACUGCAGAGUCUUCUCCGGACUAUCUUAUGUAACCCAGCUGCAUCUUCUCCCACCUUUCAAAAGUUGGCCGGUGAGGGUGUCACGUUGACCUCGUACUACGGUGUCACUCACCCUUCGGAGCCCAACUACAUCGCGUACGUCUACAUUGCAGCUACCACGACUCGACUGCGCAAACUGAUUGCUAUUCCGUGACCUCGCUCACACCGUGCUCGUCGUGUUAUGUUCCUUUUGCAGAGCUGCAACCGGCGACUUCUUCGGUCUCGACAACGAUCAAUUCCGUGCUCUACCCAAGAACGUGUCGACGAUCGUCGACUUGCUCGAGGCCAAGAAUAUCUCAUGGGCGUCCUACCAAGAGAACAUGCCCUAUGAUGGGUUCACCGGCUUCAACUACACCGAAACCAACUACCUCACGGGCAACGCUUCCCAGCACUACACCUACUACGUCCGCAAGUGAGUUUGGUGACUGGCUUGCCGCCGUCAUGUUCUGGCGACGCUCAGCCUGCAGUUUGACGCUGACGCGCCAGAAGCAAACUCGCUUGAACUUUUUCCACUAGGCACAACCCUACGAUUAUCUGCAACUCGAUCGCUGGCGUCGAGUCGAGGGGUCUCCGCCACCGCAACUUCAACGACCUCGCCGCGGAUGUUACCGCCAGCAAGGUUCCCCAGUGGGUUUUCAUCACACCCAACCUGGUCAACGAUGCCCACGACACCAACAUCGACUUCACCUCGGCGUGGCUAGAGUACUUCCUCGUGCCUCUGCUCCAGAACCCCAACUUCAACGACAACCGCACGUUGAUCUUGCUGACCUUUGACGAGAACGAAACCUACACGAUUGCGAACCAGAUCUGGACGCUCGCUCUCGGCGGUGCACUGCCCUCGAGCCUCAUGAACAAGACCGAUGAUAACUACUAUACCCACUACUCGAGUCUCAGCACGGUCGAGGCCAACUGGGGUCUUGGCACACUCGGCCGUGGUGAUGCCAACAAGACGAUGAACAACGUUUACAGCUGGGUGGCGAACGCGACCAACGUCUCGCUCAACGGCCUCACCGGCAACAGUACUUUGCCCUUGACCAACUUGACGGGCGUCUUCCCCGGACCUCUCAACGCUGACCAAUGGACCCCCGUGCUUGCGCCUGCUUUCUUGAACGCGACCUCGCCCACGGGCGGCGCCAUCUUUGUCGACGCGUCCGUCGACCGAUCGCUCGCCUCGUUCACCCCUAUCAACUUGACCGCGCUCGGCGCGUCGACCCCUCAAUCGGUCGACCCCGGCUUUGACUAUUCGUCCGGCAAGUUGAUCCUCGCCUCGGUCGCGAACGCCACCACCACCUCUUCUUCGGCUCGUGGAACGGCCACCGGCAGCACGGUGGCUGCUUCGACGACGACCAAGUCGUCCGCUUCCGGAGCCGAGAAAUUGGUGAUUCCCGCCACGGGCCUCCUCGCGGCAGCUUUGGGUUUGGUAUUGUGA